UUAGACUUAUAAAAUACCAAAAGCAAUGUAAGUUUUUGACGAUUUUCAAAGAUCACAUGUUAUUGACGAGGCUUUACAACUUGAUUCGCAGUGAAUUACUUUAAAUUUAUCCGAAAAAUUAAUUUUUAUAUUUUAACUGUUACGUCAAUUUUUUUGUUUUGCAAUUUCACAUUCUUAAGCACUGACUGCUAAAAUUUUCAUAAUGCAAAAAGCCAAAAAAGUGAACGAGUGAAUGAAAAUAUCAAAUAAUUUAUUCUCAAGACUAUCUAUAUGGUCCUAAAAUUAAAGUGUACCGUGCUCUUUUAAUUCUGUCGAGAGUCUGAACGUCUGAACCAAGAAUAUUUACAUAUUUACCUGAAAUCUGCUAACUUAUCCAGCUCAUCAGCCUAAAGUGUAUUUCUUCGGAAAUCAUGGCUGGACAUUUUUCAAUGAAUCGUUUGGCCUUUUUGUUCCCCUUGUUCCCAAUUUACAAACAACUCCCCCAAAUUCUCACAAUAAUUGUUUUUCUUGGAAUUGGAACUGCUGUUGCAGAGACGGGGAGUGAUGUGUUCUACUUUCUGACUGGUCGCAGUGACAGCCAAUCAAAUCUCUACACGUGGACAUCCACAGACGGAUCGUCGUCGGCAUCAGCAGAUGCAUACGUCACACUUGAAGGCAAAGCUAUAACGACCCUGACAUGUUCUUUUUGGGGCUCUGAAGAUCAGAAGAAACAGUUUUUCGUGACUAAGAACACAAUGUACCUCCAUUGGGCCAUCAUGGCUGCCUCCCCCUCGGACGCAAUGGGCAAAGUGCUGACAGACCAGGGCAUCGGAAUUAACGGAGUCACUCAGAUCACAUACGACCCUCAUCUGGACUAUUUGUACUUCGCAAACCACUACUCCAGCCACUGGACUCUGGAGGCCAUGAAUGUCUCUUCGCCCCAACAGAGGAUUGAACUCAUCCAGGGCAGCAAUGGAGGCCCAGAAGUAGUCGCUCUGCUCACCCUCAAACAGACUUUUCUCUGGCUGCUAUCUGACAACACUCUGGGUUAUUCCAACUUGGAUGCCACUAACAAACAGACAGGAAUUUCUCUCACCAGCGGAAAGACUGUGGUAGACCUCACUGGAUAUAACGAAGACAUCUAUAUCGCAUACUCUGACUCAGUCGAGAAGCGAAGUCUGCAAAACGACUUAUGGACAGCCAUGGGGUGGUCUGUUUCUUUUGACGCAGCUACUGUCAAAUCAAUUGUUGCUACUAGCUCAAGUCUAUAUGUCGGACUGUCGUCGGGCAAAGUCGAACUAAUUGACAUGGCCACGUGGACGAAGGCGGACGCCACUUUUGCCGACUUCUCGUCCUGGGGUUUGACUGACUUCUGUGUGACGACUGCGGCUUCAGAGGAUCCGACAGGGUUCAAGUCAGCUUGCACCGGAAUUAGUGUGUGCUCCGAGUUCUGCUUUGAUGUCGAGGGUGCUCCCACGUGUUACUGUGCCCAUGAAGCCCUGAAAGUGGAAGUCGACGAAGAUUGCCCAGAGCCUGAGAGCCAUCUAGUUACAAGCAGUGGUCUUGAUUUGGUGAAAAUUACAAACAAGGGCUCUUCUAAAGAAGCUGUCUCUGAAAUGACGCUGGAAGGAAGCGACAGUCAGAGCUUCAUCAGUGACCUGUCAUAUCACAGUCCCCACAAAACCAUCUAUGUCGCAAUUGAUAACCAAAUCAGAACGAUCUCUUCUGAAAAUGGAGACGAAGAGACUAGACUGGAACUGGACUACGAGAUCCAUCGAGUGCGGGUGGACCAUAAAGACAGCCGCGUUUACAUUGCGGGCGCAAACGGAGAUAUAGAGUUCUAUGACGGCAAGAGGAGCAAUGACAGAAUCAAGGAGAGUCGACAUCUCGUGAUCAGCCGAAUCCAUGCAAAUGACUUCGUCUUAGAUUUCUGCUACAAGCACAUCUACAUUGCAUCUCAGAACCCGAACAAAAUUGUGCGCGCGAGUGACAUGGGCGGAAACUUCGAGACAAUUCUCUCGGGAGCGGAUGUCGGCAUGAUUGAUUCCCUCGCCAUCGACAGAGUCGCCAGGGUGCUCUACUAUUCAGACAGCGUUAAGAGAAUCAUUGGCAAAAUCGACCUGACGGACACUGAAGCAUCUUUCGACCCUGUGCACGAGCUGAACUCUUCCAUGCCUAUCAACUCAAUGGACAUCUACGAGGACUAUCUAUACUUCUUUAACCCAGAGGUCUAUGCCGUGCAGAGAAUUGACUUGAGCGUGUCUGGAUCCCUGGCCAAUGUCAUCCAGUACCAGGAGAUUCAGAGACACUUCAGACUCACUUCUCUCGCUGAUGUUCAAUGUCCUGAAACAAGUCCCUGUGACAUCAAAAACGGAGGAUGCAUGGACGAAUGUCGCGUACAUAAUGGAAAAGCGGUAUGUCAAUGCUCGCACUCGAACCAGUACCUGGUCGGCUCAAUUCACGGCUACUGUGAUUGGAGCAACAAGACCCAAUACUGUGAACAAGGUCAGGGUAGUGGCGAACACACACACCUGUCGUGCGAGUUUGCGCAGAAGUGCAUCCUGUUCCGCAGUGUGUGCGAUGGAGUGCAAGAUUGCGUUGACGGUGCAGAUGAAGAUGCAAAUGUGUGCUCCAUGAAAACAUGCGAAGACGAUGAGUUUAAAUGUCAUAAUGGACGAUGCAUUCCAACCGAAAACGUCUGCGAUCACGACGACAGCUGCCGAGACAACUCGGACGAACUCUACUGCGAGUACAAAGAUAUCCCAUGUGAAGAUAACGAGUUCCGCUGUGCCGGCAACCACAGGUGCAUUAGAGAGGAGAAAACGUGCAAUGGAGCAGACGACUGCAACGACGGACUAGGUAGUGACGAAUUGGUAGGGGAGCCGACUAACUGUGGUCCUGCAGAUUGUAGUAAUCAAAAUGCUAUCUAUGGAUGGUUGGGUCUAGAGUUCGUGGAGUGUACCGAUACCCAUAUAUGCAUAGUCAAGACGUGGCGAUGCGACAAUCACCCUGGCGACUGCGGCACCGACAGCGACGAAGAGGGAUGUGAUACAUACGACUGUGGCGAGGACAACUUCAAGUGCGACAAUGGCAAUUGCGUCUAUGUUGACGGUUGGGUUUGUGACAACUAUAAUGACUGUGGCGACUACUCGGACGAAUCACCCAAUUUAUGCAACAUAACUUUAGUACAAUGUAACGAUGACGAGUUCAAGUGUAACAACGGAAAGUGUAUCCCGAAGGCCUACCGGUGCGACUCGGACAACGACUGUGAGGACAAUUCGGACGAGGAGGCGCCCCACGUGGACUGCCCUAACUUGGAGUGUGAGCCGAAUCAGUUCAAGUGUUCCGAGGUUGGAAACCACAGGAGAAGAUGCAUACCCUUGUCUUGGGUGUGUGACCGAGAAGCCGACUGCGGACAGUCGGACGAAGACGAGCGAGAUUGCGAAUACCCUCAUGAACCAUGUGCCGCGAAUGAGUUCCAGUGCGACAAUAAACUCUGCAUCCCAAAUGAAUACAAGUGCGACCAUGACAACGACUGCGGUGACAACUCGGAUGAACCCUCCUCCGAAUGCCAGUACCGCGUUUGCCAAGAAAAUGAGUUCACGUGCCGAAAUGGAAAAUGUAUAUUGGGAGGAUUAAGGUGUGACUACAUGAACGACUGUGGCGAUAAGUCGGACGAAGAUGAAGAUGAUUGUGAUUAUGAGGAGGAUGAUGCGAGCACACAGUGUGACCUUGAAACUGAGUUCGAGUGUGUGGGGAACCUGAGGAAGAAGUGUAUCAGCAUUGACGAAGUCUGUGAUGGCACCAAUGACUGUGAUCACGGAACUGACGAGACUAACUGUGAUGUAAAUGAGUGUGAAAUAGAAGAAGGAAACAGCUGUGAACAAGUUUGCGUGGACCUCAAGUCCGGAUACAGGUGUGGGCAGUGUAACGAGGGGUUCCAGUUGGAACCUAAUGACGACACUCACAGCAGAUGUCUGGACAUUGAUGAAUGCAGCCUACAGCCGAGAUACUGCACGCAGAGGUGUCGCAACUUGGCACCUGGAGUUGUUUGCAGCUGUGUAGACGGAUACUCGUUGACCUCAGACACUGUCUGCAAACACGUACAAACUACAACCGGCGAAGACACUUAUCUCUUGUUCACCGACGAGGUAUCUGUUCGUCGUCUGAACUUAAACACUGGCAGUGUUGAAAUCGUGGAAGACGAAGGGGAUCUGAUCGUGGCAGCCGACUUCAACAGGGAGUUGGAGCGGGUGUUUUUUGUCGACAAUACUCAGGGCAAAAUCCGAAGGACUCAUAUCAAUGGCCUAGAGCUGCCCGUAGAUUUUAUAACGAGAGAUGUCCAAGGAGCGGAAGGUCUCUCUGUAGACUGGGUCGGAAAAAAUGUUUACUGGACCGACAAUGAGCGAGCCACUAUUGAAGUUGCAACCAUUGAUGGCAAAUAUCGGAAGACUCUCGUGAGUGAAGGUAUCAAAUCGCCCCGCCCUAUAGUCGUGUACCCGAGGGGCAAACUCCUGUUCUACGCUGAUUGGGGGUACGGUAAUAAGCACAUUGGCAGGAUGUACAUGGACGGCACUAUGACCACUAGAAUUGUAGUCGAACGGAUCAGUUGGCCGAAUGGACUCACAGUAGACGAGACGACUGAGAUGUUGUACUGGGUCGAUUCUCACCUACAAACGAUUGAAACAUGUGACUUUGACGGCAACAAGCGCUACCUUGUGAUGUCAUCAGUCAAGAACCCUGGAUUCCUUGCCCAUCCGUUUGCCCUCUCAGUGUUUGACCAGUUUGUGUUCUGGACAGACUGGGUCAACGGAACCAUUAAUCGUGCCGACAAGCGGGACGGAAGUGGCGCCGAGGUCAUCUCGGAAACAGCGAAAAGACCCAUGGACGUGCGUGUAUACCACCGGCUGAAGCAGCUCAAUCUAGUCACGAAUGCCGAAGGAGAUCCAAUGGUGAGCUACGAACAAUCUGGUUGCGCAAUAAUGCUGCUGACCGUCAACGGAGGUUCCGACUAUAUCUGCGCAUGCCCUGAUGACUUCCGACUAAAUCCGGAACUGCAGAGCUAUCCCAACUGCAGACCUUGCAGUGGCAACGGAGAAAAGGAUCUGUCUAGCCUGGAGUGCCGGUGCUUCGAUGGAUAUAAGGGAAUCAACUGCGAGCGAAAGGAUGGACGAGGAGGCGCAGAUGUGAUCGGAGUAGUGAUGUUGGUGUUGAUUCUGGUCGUGAUCAGUCUUGUCGUGAUCAUCGGCAUAAUCUACAGACAUGAAAUCAAGAGAACGGCUGUUUCCUUGAUGAAUAGGCCACUAAAUGAGCCUGUGAGUUUCCACGUGGGCGGCAGAGUCAACCCUGGGUUUAACACCCACGACAACGACCGAGAAACACUCGCAAGUGACUUCGCAGGAGUCGUGGAAGGACCCGAACUCUGCGCCGGAAAUGGACUCUCUGCGCCCGCGGAUUCGGGCCGAUAUAACUUCAGCAACCCGGUGUUUGAAAUAAACGAGGCCCAGCUAGCCAUUCGAGACUUCAAAGCCCCCGGAAAAGAACCAAGUGUCCUUUACGCGCCUUCAACCGAGGAGGAAUCGGGUUCCGAACUCGCAAACGUUGAGAAUUGAAUCAACUUCGAAGGCUGAAACAUACGAAUAAUAAACCCUGUAACUUGUCAGAAAAAACUAUCCUCAACUAUUAAUAGCUUUUCAAGCAGCUCUAACCUGAAUCACAAAUCAAAUAACAUAUAGCGCUGAGUCAUAUCCAUAUCAUCAGGGGUGGAUUUAUGGGAGUGGCAGACGCCCUCCCUCAGGGAUUCGACCCCCUCAUCAACCAAUGGGUCCCCCCUUUGGUAUUAUUUCAUGCCAAUCAUUUGCGGCCGAAAAACU